AUGUCUUUCACUCCUACAGAUGAAAAUAUUACCACUGGAGAAUUGAAAAAAGGCCCCUUCAAAGUGGAAGAAUUUGAAUUAAGUUCUCCUUCAUGGUUCAAUAACCAAUCAGUAGAUAGUAUCGAUGCAGCUACUCGGCCCAACAUUGAUUUUGAAGAUAAUGACUCAUUACUUUCAUCAAACACACCAACUUCUGGCUCAGGGCUGUACACUAAACUUAUUUAUGAAAACCAAGAAAUUGUACUCUAUCCAUUAGAUUAUAAGAAAGUUAAAUUGGUUUUGAUUCAACUCAUUUCCUGUCUAAUCAUGUUUACUAUAUUUGGUAUGAAUGAUCAAACCACUGGAUCCUUGAUGCCAAUUUUAACUGAAUAUUAUCAUAUAACCGAAACAAAAGUUUCCCUUGUGUUUAUUUUCCAAGUUAUUGGUUACACAAUUGCAGGUAUUAUGAAUGAUAAAUUACACAAGAAAUUAGGGAGAAGGGGUGUUUUAUUGUUUGCGGGAGUUAAUUCUAUUGUAUCCACCUUUUUACUAACUUUAAAACCUAAAAUCUUUGAAGUUUAUGCACUUUGCUUUUUCCCCCUAGGUGUUGGUCUUGGUCUAAUAGAUGCAACAGCCAACGUGUUAUUUGGGAAUUUAUUGAGUAAUAAAAAUCAAUGGCUGGGUACCCUUCAUGGUCUAUAUGGUGCUGCUGCCAUGAUAACUCCUCCGAUUGUUAAUUUUUUUGGCGAAGCAAAUUGGGAAAAGUUUUUUUAUUUACCAUUUACCUCCGCUGUUUUAGGUACAAUUCUAAUAUUUUUCAGUUUUAAAUAUGAAACUGCUGCAAAAUAUAAUUACAUAUUAAACAAUUCAGCGUCAUCUACCUCUGAUGACGAAGGUGAUGGAGAUUCUGGUGAGGUUGGGUUUUUCACCUUACUUAAGAACAAGACUAUUAGUUUAUAUGCUUUAUAUAUAUUCAUAUAUUUGGGAACGGAGGUGGGAACUGGUUCUUGGUUAUUUACCUAUUUGUUGAAAAUUAAAAAUGGCGCGCCAAGACCAAUGUCUUUUAUUAUGUCUUCCUUUUGGGUUGGUUUGACUGCUGGUAGACUUACCUUGGGUACUGUAACUGAUAAGUUUUUCAAUAAUGAAUACAGAGCAAGCUUAUGUUAUGGUUGGCUGACUUGCAUUUCAUAUUACGUACUGACAAUAAUUGGUUUUAUUCCAGCACCACCGGUGACUUCGCCAUUCUGGAGGGUUUUAUAUUUUAUCAGUUUUUCUGUUCCUACUUUUAGUGCAGGUUACUUUAUUGGUCCUUUGUUCCCCAAUGCAAGUGUUGUGGCUUUACAAAUUUUACCGGUGAACUUGCAUGUUAGUGGUGUUGGUACUGCCAUUGCAUUAGGUUCAUGUGGGUCUAUUAUACCUUACUUUACUGGUAUUUUUACUAGUAAGUUUGAAUUAUUCUGGUUAAUGGUAUUACUUUCUGUAUUUUCCACUUUUUUGCAAGUAAUAUGGACCUUAUACCCUAAGAUUGCCAAAACAAAUAACCCAGCAGCUUUUUCGUGA